CUACACUAUAACUUAAACACAAGGCUACUGGUGACGAGUGAGUGAGUGAGAGAAAGACAGAGACAUUACUUUUUGGUAGUAGCAACAAGCAAAGGGAGGGAAGAAGGAAAGAAAGAGAGAGAAUCUUCAUUCAUUUUUUUCUGCUCAUUUUCUGUGUACACCUUUAUCGUUUCUCUCACUAACUUUGGAGUCUGCUUUACUCCACACUCCACAACAAAGAUCGUCUGCAUUCCCUUUCCCUUCUCUUUUCACCCCCUUUUUUUUUUCUCUCUUCUUCUUUUUUCUUUUUCUGGUGGGGGCACCUCAUUUGUUUUUGACUUCAUAAUACUACUACUUCUUCACUCAAAAAAGAGAUAGAAAGAGAAGGAAAAAAAGGCUAUUAUGGCAGGAGGAGGAGCUCCAGCUAAAGCAGAUGAGCCACAGCCACAUCCACCAAAGGAUCAGUUACCAAAUAUUUCUUACUGUAUUACUAGUCCUCCUCCAUGGCCUGAGGCCAUACUUCUUGGUUUUCAACAUUUUCUUGUGAUGCUUGGCACAACUGUGUUGAUUCCCACUGCUCUUGUUCCCCAGAUGGGAGGUGGCAAUAAUGAGAAGGCAAGAGUUAUCGAAACCCUGCUUUUUGUAGCUGGUAUUAACACAUUGUUGCAAACAAUGUUUGGAACUCGAUUGCCUGCAGUAAUUGGAGGGUCUUACACCUUUGUUCCAACCACAAUCUCAAUUAUCCUUGCUGGCCGAUUCAGUGAUGAACCAGAUCCUAUAGAGAAAUUCAAGAGGAUAAUGAGGUCAAUCCAAGGUGCUCUUAUUGUUGCUUCGACUCUUCAAAUAGUACUGGGCUUCAGUGGUCUCUGGCGUAAUGUUGCAAGGUUCUUAAGUCCACUUUCGUCAGUUCCUUUGGUAUCUCUUGUUGGUUUUGGGCUGUAUGAGUUAGGGUUCCCUGGGGUAGCUAAAUGUGUAGAGAUCGGAUUGCCUCAGCUUAUAUUGCUAGUAUUUGUUUCACAGUAUGUGCCCCAUGUGCUACAUUCGGGAAAACAUAUCUUCGACCGUUUUGCUGUGUUAUUUACAAUUGUAAUUGUGUGGAUAUAUGCUCAUCUACUUACUGUUGGAGGGGCCUAUAAUGAUGCUCCACAUAAAACUCAGAUAUCAUGCCGCACUGACCGUGCUGGACUUAUUGAUUCUGCUCCUUGGAUAAGAAUUCCAUAUCCAUUUCAAUGGGGAGCACCUUCAUUUGAUGCAGGUGAAGCCUUUGCCAUGAUGAUGGCAUCUUUUGUUGCUCUUGUGGAGUCCAGUGGAGCUUUCAUUGCUGUAUAUAGGUAUGCAAGUGCAACGCCAUUGCCACCAUCUAUUCUCAGUCGGGGUAUUGGUUGGCAGGGAGUUGGCAUUCUGUUAUCAGGAUUGUUUGGAACAGUCAAUGGAUCCUCUGUGUCUGUAGAAAAUGCAGGUCUUUUGGCUUUGACACGUGUUGGAAGUAGAAGAGUGGUGCAAAUCUCUGCCGGAUUUAUGAUUUUCUUUUCAAUUCUUGGAAAAUUUGGAGCAGUUUUUGCCUCUAUCCCACCUCCCAUUAUUGCUGCCCUGUACUGCUUGUUCUUUGCUUAUGUUGGUGCUGGUGGUCUUAGUUUUCUUCAGUUCUGCAACCUCAACAGUUUUAGAACAAAGUUCAUUUUAGGCUUCUCAAUCUUCGUGGGCUUGUCCGUGCCACAGUACUUCAACGAGUACACAGCAAUUAAUGGUUAUGGUCCAGUCCACACAGGCGCAAGAUGGUUCAAUGAUAUAAUCAACGUCCCAUUCCAAUCAAAGCCAUUUGUUGCUGGUGUUGUGGCAUAUUUUCUAGACAACACUUUGUUUAAGAGAGAAGCUGCUAUUAGGAAGGACAGAGGUAAACAUUGGUGGGACAAGUACAAGUCCUUCAAGGGUGACACAAGAAGUGAGGAGUUCUAUUCCCUUCCUUUCAAUCUAAACAAGUACUUCCCCUCUGUUUAAUUGUGCACAAGAGCUCAAUCAAAUAUAUAAAGGUGGUCUCAUCAUCUUCACCACGGUCUAGUUCUAAUAUUUAAUUUAAAUCUUGUUACACGCCAUAGCUCUAUGAAUAGUCCAUCCUAUUAUAUUUAUAGCAUUUUGUAAUACAUUUAUUUUAUUGCUCUUGUUUCUGUAAAUCCUGAUCAAGCAAGUGGAUUGACGUAGCAAAUGCGCAUGGUUAAAUCCUCGCCCCCUUCAUUUUUGUUACGUUCACUUUAGAAUGCCCCCUCCAUGCAAUGCAUUUUGUACUCAAUUGUCUAUUGAAUUAUAUUGUACUGUUUAUUAAUCUAGACAUAAACCCGCACAGUGCGGGUAGAUAGCAAAAAUGCUUUAGCUGUUACAAUUUAA